AUGUUCAGGAACAACUACGACAACGAUGCGGUCACCUUCUCCCCGCAAGGCCGGAUAUUCCAGGUAGAGUAUGCGCAGGAGGCUGUGAAGCAAGGUUCAGUCGUGGUUGGGCUUGUCAAUAAGACGCAUGCCGUGCUGGUUGGCCUCAAGAGAAACGCCGAAGAACUCUCCUCAUAUCAGAAGAAGAUCAUCGAAGUCGAUUCGCACAUGGGCGUCGCCAUAGCCGGUCUGGCUUCAGACGCCCGCGUUCUCUCCAACUACAUGAAGCAACAAUGUCUCGGCUCCCGAAUGACCUACGGCCGGCCCCUGCCCGUGAACCGUAUUGUCUCUCAGAUCGCCGACCGUGCUCAAACAAACACGCAACAGUACGGAAAGCGGCCAUAUGGUGUUGGUCUGCUGGUUGCUGGAAUGGAUGAAGCCGGUCCUCAUCUAUUCGAGUUCCAGCCUUCCGGUAUGACCCAGGAGAUGCUUGCCUGCGCUAUUGGAGCACGAUCCCAAAUGGCCCGAACCUACCUGGAACGCAACCUUGACAAACUUGAAGAGUCCAGCCGGGACGAGCUUAUCACUCAUGGACUUAGGGCUUUGAAGGAGACCCUCUCUCAGGAUAAGGAGCUGACAGUGGACAACACGUCUGUCGGUGUGGUGGGACUUGCGGAUAGUGGGAAAGUUGAGAGCUUCAAGCUCUACGAAGGACAGCAGCUUCUACCGCUCUUUGAAGCCCUGGACAAGUCAGACGCGAGUGAGACGAAGGACGAGGAGACCAUGGAGGUCGAUUCAUAA